CUGCCUCAAACUGUUGAUGGUAAAGUCAGCCAGUCCGCCUAACGUUACUGUUGAAGGUAAGCUCGCCUCUAUCAGCACACUUCCUCUGCCAAACAGCCGCUUUCACUUCUGCACAACACUUUAUAUUAGCCUUAAAUCCUUCCACAUGUGCUCAGGGCCUUUCCACUCUUUCGCUCGUCUUGAUCACUCGAUGUAAUCUAUGUUUUCAACUUGUCCUCCGGAAGUCUUUGUUUGACAGCCACACACCCACCCAGCCACCCGGCCAGCCCUUCUCCUUCCCUCACUCUCCUCCUCUCUGCCUCACCACUUUCAGAGUGCAUCUUCUCUCUCAUUUGCAUUUGUUCCGCUUCCUCGUGACAAGAAACAGUUCAUGUCAAAGAGCUGUGCAAGGAAAAUUAACAGUCUGGACGUCAGAACAGAUUGAAAUGAGCAGGUACACUGAGGAUGGGGCUGUUCAGUGUAGAAGACUUCCGAAGCUGGAUAAUUGUUGCUGAUUUAAAGUGCAAGUCAAGGAGGUAAUUAGAGACCUGGCACUAGUACAUCACGACAGCAGCAGUGUUACCAUGGAGACUGGCAAGCCAGGAUUGGCGAGUGCUCCGGUGCACAUCAACUCCGUUGCAGCACAGACAGAGAAAAGGAUGGACAUCCAAGCUCCGCUGACGGCUGUUUACAUCCACACAGUGCCUGCUGUACCAGCGCAGCCUUACCCUCAGCCUCCUGCAGCUGCCAGGGAGCCAGGCACACUCCAUCUGGCCAUGCCACCACUUUACUCCAAGGAGACGCUUCCCUUUCUGACACUCCACAUUGCUGGUGGGCUGCAGUCUCAGCCGGGACUGAGUCUGACAGCUGCUUCUCCUGCAGCCGCCAGACCCAAGUCAGCGGGAAAGCACGUGUGUCCUCACUGUGGACGGGACUGUAUGAAGCCCAGUGUGUUGGAGAAGCAUCUCCGCUGUCACACCGGGGAGCGGCCUUACCCCUGCACCACUUGUGGAAUUUCUUUCAAGACUCAGAGUAACCUCUACAAACAUAAGCGAACCCAGGCUCAUGCCCGUCUCUCGUCUGAGUCAGAGCAGAGCAGCCAGGGAAGCCUAGACAGCAUGUCCAGCUCUAGAGAGACGUGCACCUCCAGUUUGUCUCUGGAUGAGCGCAGCGAAGAGUCAGGCAGCAUUGAAAAGGAUUCCACAUUACCUGCUGCUGAGAUCACCUGUCCUGCCAGUACUGCAACGGUCUACUCUGUGAAGACGGAUUGCUCCGUCAGAGGACAGAUUGACCUAACCUCUGCAGACUAUAACACCAAAGAAAAAAAUGAAAGUGGAAAGGUCACAACAGAUGCAGAAAAACAGAGGACAGAGAGCAAAAAACCUCAGCUGACUGCCAGUCGACAUCUUCCCCUUCAGCGACAAGAAGCCACUCUGUUCUCCAAGCAGUGGGAGAGCUCUGUAUCCAGAGGUAAAUCGCAGAGCCAUGAGAGCACUGACUCCGGCUUCAGUGAGAGCAGUGACCACUACCCGAGCCCUGGCAGUGUUUUACCUGAUCACAGUAUGGACUCUCUCACCGAAUCCACUAAGGAGCAUCUUGAAGAAACCAUAAGCACAGAAACACAGUCAGAACCAGGCCAAGGUGCACAGGAGCCCAAAGACUCUGCAAGGGAGCAGGAGCAUAAGACACUGGAGGAACGUAUAUCUAAGCUGAUUUCUGAGAAUACAGCUGUAGUGGAGGACAAACAGCUGGAGAACGUAAGGCCGAGGAAGACGGUUCUGUCAAAGCAGGGUAGUAUCGACCUCCCCAUGCCUUACACGUACAAAGAUUCAUUUCACUUUGACAUGAAGAUCAGUAAGCCUCCGAAUGUUGGCUUACAAAGAAACAGGAAGUCCGGCAUCUACAGCUCUGUGCCCACCCAGCGCUCCACCACCAUGGAGCAUGCCCCCUUAACCCGCAGCAACUCCCUCCCAUUCAGCGUUACCCUCAUGCAGCCUGAGAGAAGCAGCCCAACCUUCUCCUAUCAGAAUGAUUAUGUAACACUCGUCCGGAGGGGAAGCUCGGGCCAGAUCAAUCCAACAGGUUUCGCGAUCAAACCUGUGAACCAACAGUCAUCCACCCACCGCUCACUGGUACGGCAGACAGCCGUAGACUGUAACCACGCAACAGACGGUCUUUUCAUGAAUUCAUCUGUGGAGGAGGCAUGCACCAGCAGUCUCAGCUGCGAUGGGGAUGGUGGUGACAUUUGUGGAGAGCCAAGCAACAGAAAAUUCCGGAGGAAGAAAGCACAGAAAUUUGCCUACAACAAAUGGUACAUGUAUGGAGGAGGGACAUUCAAGAAGCUCUACAAUGCUGAUAAAGGUGGUGAUGAAAGUGUUAUCAAAGGCCGGAAAUCAACAAAUCCAGAGCACGAGACUGUUCAGGGCUUGCAAAAAAGGUUGUCAGCAGUUCAUAAGGAGACAGUGACAACAACAAACUCAACAAUAAACUUCACUAGCAGCAGUGCAACAGUGUGUCAUUCAGACUGCCCUCCUGCCAAACUACCCCUCGUGUCUCCUGUGGAUUUAAAUCUAAAAACUAGCCAGCUUCAUACAGCAUGCAGCUCUCUCAAGAGUCCAUUCAGGAGAAAUCUGUCUCUGUCUAUACUGCCAUUACCUUUAAUUGGAUCAGUGGUUAGCCACACAACAGACAGCAUGAGCAGAGCAGAUGAUGGGAGAUUGAUUAAUGAAGAAAAACAUAGUGACUCCAGCUCUCAGCCCCAUGGAGCCCAUAUUCCUUCUGACAGGAAAAAGCAGAAAACUGAUGACAAAAUAAUUUGCCCUCUGGAGAUGGAGACUGAACGAAACACUCUGACUCACCCGCCUCCCUCUGUCACUGGCAGUGCACCUCUGCAGGAUACAAAUCUGAGUUAUAUCAACCUUCAAAAGAAUCUAAAAUACACUCAGCUCAAAGGAGCUCUCUUUCCAUCCUGCAUAAUCAAUGCAAAUACACCAUCUGUUAGCACCACGCCAGCCACUUCCACCCCCUCUGCUGCCAAGACCAGCUUCCUGCCCAAGUACCAGCUAAAGUUACCUAGUACUGCUGAGCCUGAAUCAAAUCCUUCAGCACAUGUUGUGGAUACACCGUCAGGAACCGAUGGCCGCAGCUUCACCUCUGCUCUAUCAUCUUCUCACACUGAGCAAACUCCCAUCGUGGUCACAACUUCUGACAAGAAGAGUGAUCCUGUCUGCUCACCGUUGAUGCCGACUGAUGUCAAAAAGACAAAUGCUUUCAGCUCCACACAAAGCCAGCUCCUCUUGCCUUGCACAACCGCAACCCUUUGUCAGACUGAAACACCAAGUAUGAAUAAAAUUGCAAGUCUAGAUGUAGUGCACAGGCAAUUUGCAACAACCACAGUAACCACAACCUGCCUACGAGACUUUCAAGCAGGAUUAUGCAGCACAUCAAUACAAUCUUCAAAAUCUGCAGGGGCUUCAGAAUUUAUGCAGUUACAGAGACCCAAUGUACCCGUGGUUGCAAAUCUCCCUGCUACACCUACGAUAACCACAGCAAACAAAUAUCAGACAUCUUCCACCACCAUUACUGCUUUAUCACAAGCUCAACCUAACCCUCCUCUGUCAUACACACAACUCUCUCCAGCAUCAAACCAGUUGAACCCUGUAAACAGACCGUAUCCCGGCUCAAACACCCCAGUUGUACCAUAUCACAUUGUACCGUUUGACCAGAUGCAGCCAGUGGCUCAGAACGUGUUUCAUGUGCACACAGCAGACCUCCAGAUCUGCCUCCAGAUCAUAUCUGACGAGCAGCUGGCUCUCAUCGAACCCCAGAUUGAGAGGCAAGCAGGUAGAACCCUCUCUCAGAGACAUGGUAUGGAAGCAGUGGCCCCAGAGGUGAUCCAGAACAAAGCUCAAAGCUCAAUCACCAUGGAAAGCACCAAUGAAGGAAGGGACCAUCAUCAGCCGGGACAGCUGGACCGAAGUGAGACUUUACCCACACUUACCAUAGAGAAAAUAAAACCUCCACUGGAUGUACAAUUCGGGAAGCCAAAUCUCCCCAUGACAGGAUGCAGUGAUUCCACUCAGGCUACAGUAUCUGUUGAAUCUAAACCUCCAGAAGCAUUAGGUUUGUCACAACGCCUACACAAAUACGGUCAUGUAAACACGGUCACAGACAUUACGAGGAAUGUUAUGUCAACUGCUGCUUCACUCAAAGGUGUAAAAUCAGGAAGGAGCCAAACUUCAGAGGAGGCACAUGCCCUUUCUCUGAACCAUUGUGCUGAGGAACAACUUUUGCCAGACAGAAGGGUCAGCCAAAGUGGAUUGGUCUCUCCAACAAUCUCACAGCACGAGCUCAGCGUGACCUCUCUUUCUCCCAGCACAGUAAAUCAGAAUAGCUUUAAAAGAGAAAUACUGGCAAAAGAAAGCCAACACAAACUUAAAAAUCAAGACACCACAUGUAAUGCAGGCACCAUGAUAGCCAAGGGUGAAGCCUCUGCGUACCAUAGCAGCAGGUUAGAAAGUGCAGAGACCCACUCCCCUCUGCAAGUUGGGCUCAGUCAGGCCUCGGUUGCGGCAUGUGCUGAUGAACUCUCUGGCUCAGUUUCUUCAUCUUUCAUUAAGGCUCCAAGUCGGCUGACCCCACAAGCAUCAAUCUACCACAGUAAUCCAUUGGAACCUACAUUAUCAGAGGCUCUGAAUUCAUCGAAACAUGCAAACAUGGGAUGUGACAGGGUGACCCUUGUGGACAGUUCUGCCUCUUCACAGGAAAUGACUCGAAGUGAAUCACAGGACAUAAUCAGCUCAGCCCACUCAGAAAAACAACAGGGUCAGGUGGACAGACCCAAAAACAUCCCAGCUGUGCUCACAAGUGUUCAGAGUCCUGCUGCAGGGCUCAUGGAAGGAGACUCCCUGGGUGGAUGUGCAGUCCAGAAGCAGCUGCAGAUACAGGAACGUGGAGGGACCCCUGAGCAGCCAGAUGCUAAAGACUGGAGGCCAAAGCAGAGUCAGGACGCUGGGGAGACAAACUACCAGUGCAUGGAGAGACAGCAUGGUGGAGAAGAAAAGAGCAAGGCUGAGCCUAACUGCAGAUACACGUGUUUACAAGAAAUGACAAAGCCAGAGGGAGAAGAUAGAACAGCCAAAGUGGAUUCCUUUAAAAACCUUUGCCUAUCGGAGCAGCAUCUACUGGGUCUUUCCCAGACACACUCAGGAAUGUCUGAAUACCUUCAACAGAACCCUCAGCAAACUCCAAGGACGUUGAACAACCUUAAUUUACCCGCCAGCAGCAGUCAGACUUGCCUUUUAAAUUCUCCACCGCCACCAUUAGAGAUGACCAACUUCUAUUACUCACAACAACACUGGGAAAGCAGCAUCAUCCAUAACCAACAAACACAGAUCUUAUGCAAAUCAACCUCAAGUCAACAUGUCAAAGCACAAGCCAAGUUAUCAGAAACACAAAAUGCUUUUUCACAAAUUGAGUCCAGCCUUCAACAAACUCAAAUAUUUUCAUGCCAGGACCAAAAGCAGACCAGCGUCUGUCUGUCUGCUCAGCAAGAAAAUACUACUGCAGGUCACAAUGUCACAGCAGUCAGCUGUUGUACUCAGUUAACUGUAGGAAGUCACAAAAUCCUCUCGCCUGAUAUCAAAGCAUCAUCCCCCGCACCGCCCAGCCACGUUUCUUAUUCUGGUCAAGUCAGUAGAGCUGCUGCUGGAUUGACAGCGGACCCACAAGUGUCAGACAGCAAUGUGCUGGUUAAUGAUACUGUGCUGCCAACAAAGCCUUUUACAUACCCACAACCUGAUGAUUAUCAAGACACCAAGGAUAAGGCAUCAAAUGAUUACAUAGGUCAGAGCAGUAACUCUGAGAGAUCUGACAUUACCAACAAAUUCCAGUCUUUUUUCUUUGCUGGACAGCUUCAUGGCUACCAGCCAGCUGAGGGUCUGACCAGUGGAGUGGGGCCUGUGCAAAGCUGCCAGGACUACACAGAAGACACCAGCAGCAGUGACGAUGAAGGAAAGCUCAUCAUUGAGCUUUAGGUGAACAUACACAUAUGCUAAGUUUUGGAGGCAGAAAUUAUAUCAGCAGCUGAGUUGAGUUUGUGGGCCAAUGGAUCUUGGAUCUAUGUUUUUUUUUAAAUGUUUUUUUCUUACAAAUAAUACAUUAAAAGGCCAAUGGGCAACUUUGCAAGGAUAGUGUAGGUUAAACGCGAGCUAAUGCUGCAUUCAUAUCCUGUUGUUCUGAAUGUAAUUAAGCAGCCAGUAGGACUAAAUGCUCAGGUCAGCCUUCUUUGUUCUCUCCUUCAAGGAAAAAUGAAACCCAAAAUUAGAGGGUCAGUCGCAAAAAACUGCAAAGCCACCAUUGCUGGCAGCUACAAUCAAAUUAAAUCCACUAAGACUAAUGCAGUCGAUCCUGAUUAUUAAAAUCGAGCAACACACUAUUUGUACCUGGUUUCACUUGUCAAGGAACAAUGUUACUUUAAUUUACUGUCUGUUUGUCUGGUGUAAGCGAGCAGUUGGUUAAUCAUCAGGGAUUCAUGCAUGAGUGUUCCCAAGUUAGAACAAUUGGAGCUUUUCCCGUCAUUCCCAAUCCUGCUGAUGUGGUGUGAAUGCAGCAUGAUACAUGUAUGGACUUGCCCAUUAAGCCUGCAUUGCCCAAUCCCCAGGCUUGGUUAUUACUUUGGUUGUUAUUACUUGGUUGUUAGCUACCGUAGAUAAACUAGCUAAAGUUUUAUGCUGUGCCUCCAUUUGGAUACUCCUGUUAGUGCACUUCUAUGCAGUACACAGUGUACCCUGCGUACUUCCUGGCAUAGUGUGCUAAUUUCGGCAGAGUAGUGUUGUGUCUAUUCAAGUACGGCCGGACAGAUCGUUGGCGGACCUGAGGCAGGUCGAAUGAUGCCUGGAAACUCAAAAAAGCCAUCUGUAAUAGCACCUAUGUGAAGUUGGACAUUUUAAAAUGGGGGCUUAUGGAGACUGACUCACUUCUGGAGCCAGCCUCAAGUGGCCAUUCGAUGAAUUGCAGUUUUUAGCACUUCCACAUAGGCUUCACUUCACAGCCAGGAAGGUUGUCGCUUGAUUGCAGUUUUCAAUCCAGUUUCCAACAGUUUCAGCACAAAUAGCUUCCUUGGCUGCCAUUUUCACAAUGCCAAAACUUUUGGACAGUGCACUGCAUUUUGACAUAAUUAUGUGCGAACACAGCUAUGUGCUCAAAAUAGUGAGUGUAAGUUUGGAAGUACGUGAAUUGAGACACAGCAUUAGUCAUGCACAAACUGAAUGGGGGCCCCCACUUCACAAAGGUUUCUGUCUUGUACUGUUGACUGUUACUUACCUAUGAUAAUAUGAAUACCUGACAUUAAUUUCAAAGUGUACUGGAGAACAGCAUGGCUUAUUUUUCUGUUAGCAGCUUGUGUGCUUUGCUAUUUAACCCAACCAAUGAGAUUACCUUUGCCCCAAUGAAACAUUGACUUCCGUUCUGCUCUCACGGGCUUACACACAUAAUUUGCCAUAACUUGUGUCUGACUUCCCACACUUACACUCUCUCUCAUAAAUUGCACUCUGUACACCAGACAACACCUGUGUGUGUGUGUGUGUGUGUGUGUGUGUGUGUGUGUGUGAGAAAGUGUGUGUGAAUCACACACAUUUAUUGCCAAAUACCCAUUAAGUUGAUUUCUACUGCCAAUCAGAUCACCCAGGUGAUGCAGGCAUUGGCUGGAGGGGCAUGACCCUUCUCUAAGUCUGGGCUAUGGGAUGAGUCAGCAGCUAUGAAAAGACACCGGAGCUCACGGGAACAGGAAACGGAGUGUAUGUGAACAUUUCUGUACAUAAAUCCACAGUUACAGCUCAUGCUGACUUGCUUGUCAAUUCUCAGCCCAUUAGUGGUCGUUUUGGAGCUUCAUCUCCAUUGCAUCUGUUCAGGCCUGUUUGACAUUCUGGAUGAGUUUGUAGUGGUGUUUGACACAGAGGAAAGGCAAAAAUGUGCAAAUGUUUUUUGUUUUUUUUGUUCAAGUUAGAAGCUGAUUUAUUACUGUGUUAUAAAUAUUUAUAUUUGUUCUGUGUUCAUUUUCUAAUUUUAUAUUCUUGUUAAAGAUUGCAUAAGUAAGCAUAACUAACAAAACAAAUAAAUUCAUCUCAGAUUUACUGCACAUCAUGUUGUGUUUUCAGCUAUUUCAAUAAAAGUAGAGGGAAAAUAGAACAUA